AUGAAUCGUUUUUACUUGCUUUGGCUGUUUAGCCUCCUCCUACCGGUGGCUCAAGCGGAGAACCGCAAUUCAAACCAUCAAUCUGAUGCCCAGACUAUAGCAGCCUUCGCCGAGAAAGGCUGGUGUUUUAACUAUGGUGGUUUCUGGCAAUCUGAAAAUACGUUGGCCCCCUGCAGAAAGUACUGUGAAACUCAUCAGUCCGGGCCAUUAAAUGAUAUUUCGUGUCUUUCUUUUGGCGUUUCCUUUCAACAAAUGAAGGAGAUGGGCCUCUCUUAUAUAGAUGAUAGCGGUCAUGAAUUCGUGACUGGAGAAUGCAGAUGUGAUCUUGACGGACUCGGAAAAGUCAUCAUAGAUACCCUUGUGUCCGGGCUUUCACGCCUAGAUGAUAUCCUAUGCGGCGUCUUUGUGGAGACUUUCGAGACCAUCCUGGACGCUGGGCUUCUGGCUCUACCAGUUGGUCAAGUUAAGAGAAUCGAGACCUUCAUCAGAGCUGCCAAAACCGUGGCUGAGAACGGACUAGAUGCAGGCGUAUUCUUUGGCAGUUGGGCCAACCCAAUUUGCGGCAAGGGCUGA